UUACCGAAACCGGACGAAGAUAAGUUUCAGGAGCUAGUCGUCUGCAAGAUUCACAAGAAAAAGGAGUCCAAGAAGGACCAUCAACAUGAAGCUUCUUCUUCCUCAGAGCAGCAGCCGAUCAAGAAAAGGAAGUCCAAGAAGUCCAAGAAGGAGCAUGAGUCUGUUCUAGCUGCGUCUUCCGAGCAGCAGCAACCAUUAUUAUGCGGUUGUAAUGAAUCAGAGAUUCCGAAGAUAGCAUCAUCUCCUUGUUCUGCUGCGGAAACAGAGAGAAACGGGGAGCAGAGUGGAGAAGGAAACAUGGUUCACCAAACAGAGAAGAAUGCCAUGGAGAUGACACGGGAAGAAGAAGGAGAUUGGAUUGCCGAUAAUGAUAUAUUUGUAAACCGCCAAUAUCGUGAUCAACCAUACUCUUGGAUUUGAGAAUCAGUAGACA